GAACAAGUGACCCAAGGAAGCACAAGAGAGCCAAAAACACCAAAGUGAGGCCACACAAACAAAAAGAGUGAUAGAGAGAGAGUGAGAGCUUUUCUGCAACUGUGUUUGAUAAUUUUGAUUGUUCUUCAACUCCUUCCCCUUUCUCUUUGAACCCCUCUUCUCUGAAUCCCUUUCUGUCGUCGUCUGUUUUUCGAAAGAACAUAUUUUGGGGCUUGUUUUUGGGAAUCUUAAUUGGAAAUUACAUCAAUUGUGAUAAAACAAAGCAAACCCAGAAGGGUAUUUCUGAAAGCAGGUGAUUCAGAACAGUGAUCCAGGUUUUUUCUCCUUUUUUUUUUUUCAGUAUAAAGUUUUAAGCUUUUCUGUGAUCAACUGGGAGGGUUUAUUUUUGUCCCUCGAAGGUUGGUUUUUUCAAGCCUGUUUAGUCUUUCUUUGUGCAAAAAAACCUUGUCUUUUUAUCUGGGUUUUUUUUCUUCUUCUUGGAUUUAGUCUACCUGUUCUUUGAUUUUGGUAAGAAACAGGUUGGUUUUAAGGAAAUAUAUUUUCUGUCUUAUAUUCUAGCUUUUACCCCUUUUGUGACUACAUGGCAACCGCUAUAGAUCUUUACAGCAGCAGCUCAAUGACACCAGAUUUAUCAGAUUCCUUGAGGGACGAUCAGCUCCUGAAAGCACUUAUGCCUUUUAUGAAAAGUGUUUCAUCAACCUCUUCUUUGACAUCUUUUUCUUCUUCUAUUUCUUCACCAACCUCUCCUUCUUCCUUUUCUUCCUACCCUUCUUCUUGCACUUACCCUCCUCCACUCUACUCUUCUCAGCCCAAUUUGUACCCUGACUUUUGCUCACCAUCCACAACCCACAUGUUUGAUCAAGUGAGUUUUGAGCAAACAGGUUCAAUAGGGCUUAACCAACUUACCCCAUCUCAAAUUCUUCAAAUCCAAACCCAAAUGGUCCUCCAACAACAGCAGGAACUCCAACAAAAGGAACAAAUUGCUGCUCUUGCUUCUCCAGCUUCACUGCAAAACCAAUAUCAGCACCAAAACCCUCGCACCCUGAAAUUCCUCAGCCCAAAAGCCAUCCCAAUGAAGCAAGUUGGUGCUCCCUCCAAACCCACAAAGCUCUACAGGGGAGUGAGGCAGAGGCAUUGGGGCAAAUGGGUUGCUGAGAUUAGACUUCCCAAGAACCGAACCCGCCUAUGGCUUGGUACCUUUGACACUGCUGAAGAAGCGGCUUUAGCUUAUGAUAAAGCUGCUUAUAAGCUCAGGGGAGACUUUGCUCGGCUCAAUUUCCCUCAUCUUAAGCACCAAGGGGCUCAUGUCUCUGGCGAUUUUGGCCACUACAAGCCUCUCCAUUCCUCCGUGGAUGCCAAGCUCCAAGCAAUUUGCCAGAGUUUGGCUGCUAAUUCGGCGAAACAAGGGAAAACAGGGGAGCUCUGUUCUGCGGCAGAGAGAAAGCCAGCGAUAUCAUCUCCUUCGGAGGUUUCAUUGAAAACUGAAUUGAAAGGUGAAUGGGAGUUAACUGGUGUAGAGUGCUAUAGACCGGAGAUCUCAUCUUCGCCCUCUCGGUCCGUUGAGUCUUCAACCGGGUCCUCUUCACCGGAAUCCGACAUUACCUUCUUGGAUUUUUCGGAUUCUCAAUGGGAUGAGGCUGAGAAUUUCGGACUAGAGAAGUACCCUUCAGUGGAGAUUGACUGGUCUGCUAUAUGAAGUCCUUAUGAUAAUGUAAUCUUUGCUUAUUUCUUUCUUUAACUUUAGUUUGUGUCUAGUUUGGGUUUUAGCCUUUUAGGUCCAGUUUGGUGUAGCCAGGUGCUUCUGCAAUGAAUUUUUGACAUUUGCAGAGGUUUUCCUCAGUCCUAGUUACUAGUUCUUAGGAUGAUGAGUCCGCUAUAUGUAAUGAUUUCUCCAUUUUGGUCUGCUGGUAAUUUUUGUUCCUUGCAUGACUAUGGAGAUUUCUGGUUAUCCUUUCGGGUCAGUGUAAUUAAACUGUUCCUUUUGUUAGUGUUAAUUGUUCUACUUUUUCUA